AUGUUUUGUCAAUCUAAAUUUGUUGAUAGCAUGUCCAUUGGAAAACAUCUUUUUACUAUUUCUAAACGUGUUUGUUCUUUUUUAAAUAUUCUAAAAAUUCAAGACAAUUAUUUUUUAAUAUCGCGGUUUAAUUUAAAGAUUGCUUAUUAUUUUUUUCACAGUUUAGAAUCAAAUACUAUAUUAAAUCACCUAAACGGUAUAAUAUAA